AUGUCGGAAAACGUGAUCCAAUAUUGUGAAUGUACUGAACGACCGCUGAUCUUCAACUUUUUUGACGACGAAGACUUUAUUGGAUCUACGAGACCACCCCCUGAACCAACCACUGAACGUCAGACAUCGAUCACGAGCAACAUCCAGCUAGACCAACGGACGACGCAAUAUCCAGAGGCAACUGAAGAUACUGUAACCCAGAAUCAUGCUGCAGAAUACACUACAGAGGACAUCCAACGGCCUAUAACCAAUAAACCACCUAGCAAGCCGAAUAGAUUGAGCGGAUAUAAGAAUCAACAAAGACACUCGCCCCUGAGAGGUUCAAUGAGAAGAAAGAAACCAGUUCAGUCAAGCAGCAACCAAUACAGUUUUGGCGUUACGACAGAUCAGACCAGUAUUGACCAAACACCUUCAGAAAAUAAUUUUAGCUAUAGGGAAACUUCAACACUGACUCCAACAACGACAGAUACAUGGAAUGAAGAUGCAAAGCGACAAAUUAACAUCACAGAAGAUGUAACAGAACAAACUGUGAGACCAGCUGUCCCAGAGAACUUUGAAAUAACUGUUGGAAGUUAUAACACGAAACCAAGGAUUACAUUUCAGAAGGGGAAUCUGGAUGGAGAAUCGCCUGCAGCCGAUAUUAUUUACAGCGAAGACUGGAGACCACCUCUUGCUAUCAAGCCACACAAUGAAGAACCCAUUACCGAGGACCUCUUUGGACACAUUAGACAGUCCCAGACUACCACUUCCAGGGCUGGCAGCAAUACCCAAAGACCUUUCCAGGCUGUUGAAGCACAGCCAUUUUACAUCAGGAAAAAGCCAUCAUAUAUCACUUCAGAAAGCAUCCUCACUGCAGGAGAUCACCUUGAAGGAAAUUCAGCUUUCGUCACAAAUAAUGGGCCUGUUUCUCAUUAUGGUAGAGGCAAUGCCAGACCUCCAGGAAGACACCCUUAUACACCACAGGAAAGUGGACCAUCAUCAGCCGGAGCAUUGGUGGACAGUGGGAGCCGACCACUUUUGCUCGAGGUCAGUACCCAAUCUACCCAAAAUGCACACGGCCAGACAGGUGGUCCAGUGGACAGUGGGGUAGCCUCGACGCCGUCUUCAGGCCUCGCCCAGAGGCGACCUGGAACCUCCAGCGGCAAGCGGCGGCGGCCCAUCCACAGGAAGAGACCAGUGCCUCACGACUCGGCCAAUGUGGUGGCCACGGUCGAGGCGUCGUACGUGCGGGACAGUGCAGCUCAAGGAGACAGUGUCAAGAAACACCAGGCCCCACUGCCAUUCACAAUCGUUUUCAAUGGCAGUGAACAGAAUCGUAUGCAGGGGGCCAAAAUUAACUGGAUUCCAUACCUUCCGUGGCAACAAGAAGCCAGCAUGCCGUUCCGGCCGCUGGACCCCGGCGUGCUCGACAGCCUCGUUCCGCGGGCGCCCGUGACCGGCGCCGCCCACCCACAGCCCACCACUACCACCGCCGCCCCGACCACCGCCUCCACGGUGACGCCCGACCUGUCCGCGGCGGCGGACGCGCUUUCGCCGGCGGUACGAGAGCUACUGCAAUCGCUGGGGCUGCUGGACCCGCCGCCCCCGCCGCCGCCCACCCCGCUGCCGCAGUCGCGCGCCGAGCCCGAAGAGCAGGACAUGCGCCACCUGCUGCACCGCUUCGGACUGCUCGACCCGGCGCCGCCCACUCGCGGCCGGCGCCGUCAGAAGACGCUCGCCGAGCCCUCUCCUUCUGCGAGCAACGAGACGACUGGUAACGGCAGCGCCUCUGGCGGCAGCACGACUACCUCGACGACCCCGCUGACGCUGGACGCCAUAGACACGAGCAUGCUGACGGACGAGAUGCGCGCCGUGCUGCACAACCUGGGCAUCGUGCCCGGCGCUGGCCGCGUCGACGAGGGGCCGACGACACAGCCGCCAGUGGCGUCCCACACCACUGUCCGGGAGUCGACGACAGACGGUGGGAAUGGCACCGACGACUCCACAGUCCGACAAGGGCCAGAGCAUGUGUUCAGCCCGACGUCCCUGAAGCACUCGGAAGAGGAAACAGCAAGACUCCAGGCGGUGUUGGACUCGGUUCGCCAGUUCGCUGCCACACACCUCAACGUGACGUACCCCGCCAAUGGCAGUGGCACCACUGAAGCGAUACGGGACAGUAGGGGCCUCCAGCCGACCACCAGCGCGUCCCCACUGGCUGCGGGGCCAGACCCACUCUCAUUCGACGAGCUGUUGGCGGAGAUCAACAGCGAGGAGUCCAGGAAGAACGAGGUGAAGCGCCAGCAGCCCACAGACACCAACAGCACUGCUCCGACCAGCGCUCCAGCGAAGGAAACUGAAGAAGUAACCAGUGAGCAGGCUGUGCAAUUCAUGAUUUCGACAGUUGACGAUUAGCAAGUGUGUUACCAG